AUGAGAGUUGAUCUAGACGACAAUGUAUUCUACAAAAUCGUAUCCUUUUGGGAAGUAUUUUUCGAGGAUAAGACUUGGUCCAAGCAGACUUCUCGCAUAUGGGAAAGCUAUCAGAAUUAUGAGAAUGCUGAGAAGAAGGAAAACCUUCAUAAAGCCAAAAGUGAGAAGAUACUUGAAAGAAACAUGCCAGAAAGUGAGGUAUGGGAAUGGCUCCAUUUUUUCAGGCAAAAAUUUUUAGAUCAGCUCAAAGGCCCUUCACCAAAACCUUCGACAAAACAUCCAAUAUUCAUUGAAGAGCCUUUCUCCCAGUUGCGGGGACAGUACUGUCGUACGGGACUUAUGGGACGCACGCUAAAAUCAAAGGGCAAAACCCAACUUGAUUUUAUGGUCAAAAGUAUUAACUUGCCCAAUGACGGUCCUGCUGAGUGGGAGAAUAUAAAUGUGCUGGGCGAGUUUACCAUAUCACCUUGGGAAGAAGAAAGGAAAAAAAAGUUUAUUCAAUUGUCAAGGUCUGUUCGAGAGGUCUUUUGCGCUCAGCCGUUGCGCCGGUUCAUACAUGGUUUCUGCUUGUUCGGAGACCAAUUUGAGCUCUGGCUUUUUGAUCGAUCGGGUGCCUACAGCGCAGGACCAAAAAAGAUUGUUGAUGACAAGGAGAUGUUGGUCCGAGCAAUAAGCUCAUAUCUUCUGAUGAGCGAUGAAGAACUUGGCCGUGACAUGUCAAUUCUGCGAAAAAAUGGACAAUCCACAGCAAAUUUCACAGGAAGUGAUGGUAACUCAGACCAAAUAUUUGAGAUCAAACCUAAGCCUGUCAUACAGUCAACGACCCUGGUCACUAGAGGGACGACCUGCUAUAAGACGAAGGACAAAUCAACCAUGAUAAAGUACUCGUGGAGCAGGUCUGCGGAUAACGCCGAAGUCAGAUUCAUGAAGGAUGCACUUCCAUUACCAGGUGUCGUGAAGUAUAGAGCAUCACAGUUAGUAUAUCAGACUAACAGUCACCUGGGAAACCUCGAUCUUUCCGGCGCUGAUCCCUGGGAUUUAAAGGCCGACGAUCAUAAUGUAACCUAUGGGUCUAACUACCAUGCCAUGACAAUACCGUCUUUGAGAAACCGUCGACUCAUUAGAAUAGCCAUGACACCAAGCGGGCGGACAAUCUAUUCCAGUGGGUCGAUUCUUGAUUUUGUGGCGGGCAUCCGAGAUGCCAUCAAGGGUCAUGAGGGACUGGUGGGUAAAGAGAUACUCCAUGGCGAUAUCUCUGAAGGGAAUAUAAUUUUGCUGAAGCCAUCUCCAGCCAAUGACUUACAUGGUAUGUUGAUUGAUCUCGAUCACUCGGUUAGGAUGAAAGGAAAUUUGGCCUUGGAAGAGAGACAGUCCUUGACGGGUACCAUAAAGUUCAUGGCGCUUGAGAGAUUGGAGCACGCUCGUGACACAGGAAAGUCUAUCGGACGCACUUGUCGUCAUGACCUAGAGUCAUUUUUCUAUGUGUUCAUCGUUGGAUGCAUAGAAUAUGAAGACGUAUCUGCAGACAAGGCCAAUAAUCUAGAUCGUUGGUGCACGAACGAUGUGAAAGGCAACUUCAAACUCAAAAGGGAUGAUGUCGAACAUUUCGAUCAAGAAAUUCUCAAGAAAUUCACGACCAGUUUCAAAGGACUCAAGGAACUAGCGAAGAUGUUUCGGAUAAUAUUGUUUAAUGAUGACGGACAAUAUAUUGAGACACCACAAGACUGUGGACCUCUGUAUAGAAAAAUCAUCAAGGCAUUUGACAAAACUAUCGAGGAUAUCAAAGGUAAGAUAUGA